GGGUAACAGAGGAUCAGCUCUCACUGUUGUUCACCAUCAGACUAAAGGACAGGAGUGUGAGAUGUGUUCUCUACGUUUCUGACUAAAAGCGGAUUAAACAGCCAACAUGACGGUGGAUUUUGAGGAGUGUAUUAAGGACUCUCCGCGGUUCAGAGCGAACAUCGAUGAGGUGGAGACAGAUGUGGUGGACAUCGAGGCCAAACUAGACAAGCUGGUAAAGCUGUGCAGUGGCAUGAUAGAGGCCGGCCGGGCGUACGCCAACGCCAAUAAGCUGUUUAUCAAUGGAAUUCGGGACCUCUCGCACCUUUGCAAGGAGGAAAUGAUAUCCGAGUUUCUAGAUAAAUGUGGAGAAAGUCUUCAGGAAAUUGUUAACUACCAUAUGAUCCUGUUUGACCAGGCCCAGAGAUCCAUCAAACAACAACUGCACAAUUUUGUCAAAGAGGAUGUACGCAAGUUUAAGGAAACGAAGAAGCAGUUUGAUAAGGUUCGAGAGGACAUGGAGAUAGCUCAGGUGAAGAAUGCUCAGGCUUCUCGACACAAGCCACACGAGGUGGAAGAAGCCAGCAGUGCGUUAAUAGUGAGUCGGAAGUGCUUCAGACACCUCGCUCUCGACUAUGUGUUACAGAUCAAUGUUUUGCAAGCCAAAAAGAAGUUUGAGAUUCUGGAUUCAAUGCUGUCCUUCAUGCAUGCUCAGUACACAAUGUUCCAGCAGGGCUACAACCUUAUGGAUGAGAUCAACCCCUACAUGAAGAAACUCGCAGCUGAGCUGGAUCAGCUGGUGAUUGACUCAGCCAUGGAGAAGAGAGUGAUGGAGCACCAGCAUGCUGUCAUCCAGCAGAGGGAUUUUUCCUGUGAUGAUUCCAAGGUGGAAUUUAACGUGGAUGCACCAAAUGGAAUUGUGAUGGAAGGAUAUCUGUUUAAAAGAUCCACUAAUGCUUUUAAGACAUGGAACAGACGUUGGUUUUCAAUACAGAACAGCCAGCUCGUCUAUCAGAAGAGGCUAAAGGAUGGUUUAACAGUCGUCGUGGAAGAUCUGAGGCUUUGUUCAGUCAAACCUUGUGAGGACAUAGAAAGAAGGUUCUGCUUCGAAGUGGUAUCACCUACAAAGAGCUGCAUGUUGCAGGCUGAGUCGGAGAAGCUGCGUCAGGCCUGGAUUCAGGCUGUGCAGGCCAGCAUUGCUUCAGCCUACAGAGAGAUCUCAGAUAACUACUACAUAGAGCGUUUGGACAGAACGGCGUCUCCUUCCACCAGCAGCAUCGAUUCUGCCAGCGAACCCCGGGAGAGGAUCGUGAGGGGAGAGAGCGUUCUGCAGAGGGUGCAAACUCUUCCAGGGAAUGAAGUCUGCUGUGACUGCGGCCAGGCCGAGCCACGCUGGGCCAGCAUCAACCUGGGCAUUCUGCUCUGCAUCGAGUGCUCGGGGAUACACAGGAGUUUGGGUGUUCAUUGCUCCAAGGUGCGCUCUUUAACACUGGACUCCUGGGAACCAGAAUUAAUGAAGUUGAUGUGCGAACUUGGCAACACAGUAAUCAACCAGAUCUACGAAGGUACCUGUGAAGAAAGAGGUCUAAAGAAACCUGGGCCCAACAGCUCAAGGCAGGAGAAAGAGGCCUGGAUCAAAGCUAAGUACGUGGAAAAGAAAUUUCUGAAAAAAAUGUGCGGCUCCGUGGCACUGAUCGAAGGCGGCAGGAAAUCACAUCACUGGCGCAUGAAGAAGUGCAGAAGAAACAACAGCUCCAUCCAGGUGCCCAAAACUCGACACAAAUACCGGCAUAACGGAGGCAGCUUGUCCCCGGGCAACUUAUCUGCAGCCGCUGCAGCAGCCAAGUUUCGCAGAGAAUCGCUGUUCUGUCCCGAUGAAUUGGACUCCCUCUUCUCCUACUUCGACACCGGCUCCGGCCCCCGCAGCCCUGCAGGUCUCAGCAGUGAUAGCGGCCUUGGCGGCAGCACAGACGGCAGCGCGGACAUACUGGUGUUCGGCUCAGUGGUGGACAGCGUAACCGAGGAGGAGUGUGAGGACUCGGAGGAGUCGAGCGGGGAGGUGGAGAUUGAGCCCGAGACGUCAGACCCUGAGGACCUGCGAGAGCUCCAUCCUGGCGUGCUGCUCUACAAGGCCUCGCAGGCACGGAACCUCCCCGUCAUGGCCGAAGCGGUAGCACAUGGAGCCGAUGUCAACUCCAUCAACGAGGAAGAUGAAGGCAAAAGCCCUUUAAUACAGGCUGUUAUGGGGGGUUCCUUGAUAGCAUGUGAGUUUCUACUACAGAAUGGAGCGGAUGUAAAUCAGAGGGAUUCGAGAGGACGAGGCCCGCUCCAUCAUGCCACAUCUCUGGGCCACACGGGGCAGGUGUGUCUGUUCUUGAAGCGAGGGGCAUCUCAGAUGGAAGUGGAUGAGGACGGGCAGGACCCUUUAAGUAUCGCCGUGCAGGCAGCCAACGCCGACAUUGUGACACUGUUGCGGCUGGCUCGGAUGAACGAGGAAAUGCGAGAGGCAGACGGCCCCCUCGGACAGCCAGGUCAAUACCCCGGGAGCAGUCCCACUGAGCAACAGUACAAGAAGUGCAUUCAGGAGUUUAUCUGUCUGACUAUAGAUGAGUGCUAGUGCUCCAGGGCAGGAUUAGGGUUUAGC